AUGUGGAGCGGGCCCAGGACCGGACCUGUCUGCACUGUCGCAUUUUGGCAUGGCCUGUGGUCAGAGCCCGUAAACCACAGCGAGGGCCCUUGGACGGAAGUUGUGGCGAGUCAGUGUGCGAGGAUUACGCCCAUGGACCCCGUCAUCAUAACGCCGGAUGACGUAGCUGAGGCGGUCCGUAGAGCCCCGAACUGGAAAAGUCCGGGACUCGACGGACUGCAUCACUACUGGCUGAAGGGGUUCAUGGUGUGUCACGCUGUGCUCGCCCGUCAGUUUCAAGAGGCUCUCAACCAGAAGUCGCUCCCUAGCCUCUUCACUACUGGGAUCACUCAUUUGGUUCCUAAAGACCAGGGAGCCGACCCUACUUAUCUGGUCACAGUUACAAUUUGGAGAGCUCACGGAGCGAAAACUACAGUUGUCGUUGUGUACUUUAAGGCUAUUGAAAAGUGA